UUAACGGUGACCCAAUUACGAAAAAUGGGUUCCCAGAGAAGCCUGUUGUUGGCUCCUAUUUUCUUGGUUUUGGCUUCAGUAUUGUGCCUCUGUUCCACUUCCACCCUCCCUGCUGAAUACUCCAUAGUUGGGCAUGAUCUUAAGGGGUUUCUGUCUGAGGAACGGGCGAUUGAGAUCUUUGAGCAAUGGAAAGAGAAGCAUCAGAAGGUGUACAGGAACGCCGAGGAAGCCAAAAUAAGGUUUGAGAACUUCAAGAGGAACUUGAAGUAUGUUAUUGAAAAGAAUGCAAAUAGAAAAUCAAAUACUGGACACAAAGUCGGGUUGAAUCGGUUUGCGGAUUUGAGCAAUGAGGAGUUCAAAAUGACCUACCUGUCCAAGGUGAAAAAACCGGUCAGCAAAAUGUGCAGACUUCGGGAGAAGAAGAUGGAGAGAAAGGUGGAGAGUUGUACUGCACCAUCGUCCCUGGAUUGGAGGAAAUAUGGAAUUGUAACUGGUGUUAAGGACCAGGGUGAAUGUGGAAGCUGUUGGGCAUUCUCCUCGACUGGAGGCAUGGAAGGAAUAAAUGCUUUGGUUACUGGAGAACUUAUUAGCCUUUCAGAACAAGAACUUGUGGAUUGUGACACUACUAAUGAUGGAUGUGACGGAGGCUACAUGGACUAUGCCUUUGAAUGGGUUAUAAACAAUGGUGGGAUCGACUCAGAAGUAGAUUAUCCCUACACAUCCGUCAAUGGUGUUGGUGGUGUCUGCAACAUCACUAAGGAGGAAAGGAAAGUUGUAUCGAUUGAUGGGUACCAAGAUGUAGGGGAAUCAGAUGGUGCUGUAUUGUGUGCUGUUGUUAAACAACCCGUUAGUGCUGGUAUGGAUGGUUCUGCAAUUGAUUUUCAGCUCUAUACUUCUGGAAUUUAUGAUGGAACCUGCUCAGACAAUCCAGAUGACAUUGAUCACGCUGUUCUGAUUGUUGGCUAUGGAUCAGAAGAUGGUGAGGAUUAUUGGAUAGUGAAGAAUUCAUGGGGAGAAAGCUGGGGAAUGGAAGGAUAUUUUUACCUUAGAAGGAACACUGAUUUACCCUAUGGUGUUUGUGCAAUCAAUGCCAUGGUCUCUUACCCCACCAAGGAAUCAUCUUCACCUUCCCCCUAUCCAUCACCAACUGGACCUCCACCACCACCAUCCCCACCUUCCCCACCACCACCACCACCACCCUCACCACCUCCUCCAUCCCCCUCACCAAGUGAAUGUGGAGACUACUCCUAUUGUCCAAUUGAUGAGACAUGCUGUUGCAUCGUGGAUUUCUUAGAUUACUGCCUGAUAUAUGGCUGCUGCCCCUAUGAGAAUGCCGUUUGCUGCACUGGAACUGACUACUGCUGCCCAAGUGAUUACCCCAUCUGUGAUGUCGAAGAAGGACUCUGCUUCCAGAGUGCUGGAGAUAACCUAGGAAUAGCAGCAAGGAAGAGAAGGAUGGCAAAGCACAAGUUUCCAUGGACUAAAUUUGAGCAAAGAGAGAAAACAUACCAGCCUCUGCAGUGGAAGAGGAACCCCUUUGCUGCUGUAAUGCGUUAGAAGUUGAAUGUCCUUGUAAUUUAAUUGUUACGAGGCAUCCUUUCAUCAGUAUCAUCCUUGGUUUCCAUAUAUAGAAAUAUAUAUUCCACAGAAAACUCAGGAAAAGAAGACUAAAGGAGACCAUUUGUUUGUUUAGAUGGGUCUGGAUUUUGGAAAUAGUUGUUUUUAAUUAUUAUCAAAGUAAAAACUGUGGUUGAUUAAUUUCUCAUGGCUAGUUGUAUUGUUCUAGCCAAUCUUUGGGAUCCUUCUUAUGUAGUAAGUACCAAGCAAUAUAUAUUUGGAGAGCGAAUAAGGAUUUCUCUGCAAU